UCCGGGCACUUAGGGCAGGAUGAACGCUGCUUUCCAAGAUGGCGACGGAGGGAGGAGGGAAGGAGAUGAACGAGAUUAAGACCCAAUUCACCACUCGGGAAGGUCUGUACAAGCUGCUGCCGCACUCGGAGUACAGCCGGCCCAACCGGGUGCCCUUCAACUCGCAGGGAUCCAACCCCGUCCGCGUCUCCUUUGUAAACCUCAACGACCAGUCUGGCAACGGCGACCGCCUCUGCUUCAAUGUGGGCCGGGAGCUCUACUUCUAUAUCUACAAGGGGGUCCGCAAGGCUGCUGACUUGAGUAAACCAAUAGAUAAAAGGAUAUACAAAGGAACACAGCCUACUUGUCAUGACUUCAACCACCUAACAGCCACAGCAGAAAGUGUCUCUCUCCUAGUGGGCUUUUCCGCAGGCCAAGUCCAGCUUAUAGACCCAAUCAAAAAAGAAACUAGCAAACUAUUUAAUGAGGAAAGACUAAUAGACAAGUCACGCGUAACCUGUGUCAAAUGGGUUCCCGGUUCGGAAAGCCUAUUUCUAGUAGCCCACGCCAGUGGGAACAUGUACUUGUAUAAUGUGGAGCACACUUGUGGUACCACAGCCCCCCACUACCAGCUCCUGAAGCAGGGCGAGAGCUUUGCCGUGCACACUUGCAAGAGCAAAUCCACGAGGAACCCUCUCCUUAAGUGGACGGUGGGCGAGGGGGCCCUCAACGAGUUUGCUUUCUCCCCAGACGGCAAGUUCUUGGCGUGCGUGAGCCAGGACGGGUUCCUGCGGGUGUUCAGCUUUGACUCAGUGGAGCUGCACGGCACGAUGAAAAGCUACUUCGGAGGCUUGCUGUGCGUGUGCUGGAGCCCGGACGGCAAGUACAUUGUGACGGGGGGCGAGGAUGACCUGGUGACGGUCUGGUCUUUCGUAGACUGCCGAGUGAUCGCGAGAGGCCACGGGCACAAAUCCUGGGUCAGUGUUGUGGCAUUCGACCCCUAUACCACUAGCGUGGAAGAAAGCGACCCUAUGGAGUUCAGUGGCAGUGACGAGGACUUCCAGGACCUUCUCCAUUUCGGCAGAGAUCGAGCCAAUAGCACACAGUCCAGGCUGUCGAAACGGAACUCUGCCGAGAGCCGCCCUGUCAGUGUCACAUACCGGUUUGGCUCCGUGGGCCAGGACACGCAGCUCUGCCUCUGGGACCUUACGGAAGACAUCCUUUUCCCCCACCAGCCGCUCUCGAGAGCAAGGACACACACCAACGUCAUGAACGCCACGAGCCCUCCCGCCGGCAGCACUGGGAACAGUGUCACGACGCCCGGCAACUCCGCGCCCCCGCCCCUGCCCCGCUCCAACAGCCUCCCGCACUCCACCGUCUCCAACGCCGGCAGCAAGGGCAGCGUUGCCGACGGGGCCAUCGCUUCCGGGGUCAGCAAAUUCGCGACCCUCUCCCUGCAUGACCGGAAGGACAGGCACCACGAGAAAGACCACAAGCGAAACCAUAGCAUGGGACACAUUUCCAGCAAGAGCAGCGACAAACUGAACCUGGUCACCAAAACCAAAACGGACCCCGCUAAAACCCUGGGGACGCCUCUGUGUCCUCGGAUGGAAGACGUUCCCUUGUUAGAGCCGCUCAUCUGUAAAAAGAUAGCACACGAAAGACUGACUGUGUUAAUUUUUCUUGAAGACUGUAUAGUCACUGCUUGUCAGGAGGGAUUUAUUUGCACAUGGGGAAGGCCUGGUAAAGUGGGUUUAUUGUCAUCCCAAACCCAGGCCAGCUCUCCAGGCGGGACGGUAGUGUGGUGACCCCCGCGGUCCCCAGGGAGCGACGGACGGAGGCGGGAGCCCCGAGCGCGGACCGAGGAGGCAGCUGUCACCCGGAGUCGUGGGAAGCCCCGCGGGCCGCCGCGAACCGCCUUGUCUGCCGCUCACCGAAGCGGCUGUUGCUGUUUUUAAAUCCUGCUUGUGGGGCUGCAGCAAAAAAUAAGGAAUGGGAUUUUCUUGCUUUUUACUCCAAAGUUCAAUGUAAUUAAAAUCUCAUAUAUAUAUAUGUAUAAAGUUAUACAUACGUACAUAGUGUAAAAUAAAAUGUUUCUUGGACAAGAAAUCCUCUUAACUGUUGUAAACAGUACUUCACUCUGGUUUUGCACUGAUGUUUCUAUACUUGGGUGGUCAGGAGGCAGCCCCCAGCGCUCGCGAAGAAGACUGUCACUUUCUGACGGAAAUACGCCAUUCAGGAAGGCGGAUGCUGCGAUCUUAGGUCUUCACAAAUUGCACUUAAAAUAGUUGAAUGCUGUUAGGAAAUUACUUUAAAUAUGGGCCUCACAGACUCACGGCCCUCCAGGGUGUGAAGAUGCUCUUUUUAAUCUUAACAUUUAUUUUAAUACUGUUGUUUCCAGUGCAGUCGGGCUCUGUAUUAUAUGUACAAAUAAUGUAAUUCUGCUACUGGGGGACAUGGCUACUUCACCAGUAAUUUUCAUCAAUUUAAGAGUGAUGUUUCUAAUUCAUGAAAACAAAUAUUAAUAUUAAAACUAUCUUGA